UUCUCUCAGCACGUGGUAGCCCUCUUGACACGUGCGGAUUGAACACAUUUUUUUGUGUGUACUUCGUGUUUGGCGGCGUUCGGCGUUCCCCAGGACCAGUGCUCUGAGCCCCUGCGGACCACGGAGCAGUGAUGUGGGAAGGAGUGUGGGUGGUGUGGGCGGCGGCGGUGUGGCGCGGAUGUGUGGCCACGGCCGUCGAAGCAGAGGCGCCCAUACACGGCCUGCAGCAGCCUGCAGGCCCCCGUGGCGCCCCGGAACCCUACUCCCUGGAGUGGGUGCGGCAGGCGAGGGCGUCACCCGUACCGCUACAGUUCAGCGAGGAGAGUGACGUGGGCUCCACCAUCCUGAACCACGUCACCAGCUACGGCAUGAACCAGACCCACUACCUCACCAGCAUCAUGGAACCCAAGCUCUUCCGUGAGGGAUAUCAUCUCCAGCAGGGACACCCGGGCCUCUACCUCGCAGCUUUCAACAGGCAGAAGCAGAAGAGCAAAGACCUCGCCAGCUACGGCUACGCGUCCCUCAAGGCCUCGGAGCUCCUGUCCAGCCAAUUCCUCCUGACGCGGCAGCAAGCUCUCUUCGGGCUGGAGCAGGUGUCGCUGAGGAACACGGCGCUGUACGAGAGCUGCCCGGUGAAGAAGGAGGAGCUGACCAGCAUUCCGUGCCCCGUGUACUCGCUGCUCUACCGCACCCUGGACGCCACCUGCAACAACCCCGACAACCCGGAAUGGGGCGCCGCCUUCAGGCCAUUCGCGCGCUUUUUGCCCCCCGACUACAGUGACGGCAUCGAGGCCCUGCGGCAGAGUGUGAACGGCGGACCGCUUCCCAACCCUCGGCAGAUCAGCGACACCGUGCACCGCGCCCUCAACAGACCCUCCUACCAGAUCACGAUGAUGGUCAUGCAGUGGGGGCAGUUCCUCGACCACGACCUAACGGCCACGGCACAGACCCGCGGCUUCAACCACAGCGUGCCCUUGUGUUGCAACGAUCACGACGGGACCCCGCUGCCCGAGGACUUCAGGCACCCUGACUGCCUACCCAUCGUCAUCCCCUCCACCGAUCCCUUCUACUCCCAGUGGAACCACACGUGCAUGGAGUUUGUCCGCUCCUCGCCGGCGCCCAGACCCAACUGUGCCCUGGGCCCGCGUGACCAGAUCAACCAGGUGACAUCCUUCCUGGAUGCCUCCAAUGUUUACGGAUCAGAUGACCAGGAAAUGGCUACCCUGCGGCUCUGGGAGGACGGGAUGCUCAAGUAUAAGCCGGUGAGGUUCAGGAAGCCGCUGCUGCCUCCACUCAACCACUUCAUCGAGGGGGAGUGUCGCGAGAACUCCAGGAAUUUACACUGCUUCCAGGCCGGCGACAUCAGGGUGAACGAGCAGCCAGGCCUGACCAGUAUGCACACGGUCUGGCUGCGCGAACACAACCGCCUCGUCACCCUACUGAAGGAGAUCAACCCGCUGUGGAACGACGACCGGCUGUUCUUCGAGGCACGCAAGGUCGUGGGCGCCAUGAUGCAGAGGAUCACCUACGGGGAGUGGCUGCCCGUGGUGCUGGGUCCCGCCGUCAUGAAGGUGUUCCGCCUACCGCUGCAGAGGUUCGGGUACUACAGAGGGUACCGACCCACCACCAACCCCACAUCCACCAACGCCUUCGCCACCGCCGCCUUCCGCUUCGGCCACAGCCUCGUGCAGCACACCCUCAUGCGCUGCGACAAGACGGGGAGACGUGUGCCCUUCACCAUCAAACUCCACGAAGAACUCAUGAACCCGGCCAACAUCCACAACUUCGGCAGCGUGGACCGCCUUAUGCUGGGCCUUGUCUUCGAGAUGGCGCAGACCCGCGACGUCUACAUGACCAACGAACUCACGCGACACCUCUUCCAGACGCCAGGCCACCACUACGGGAUGGACCUGGCCGCCAUCAACAUCCAGCGGGGGCGUGACCACGGGCUGCCCUCCUACAACAUCUGGCGGGAGCAGUGCGGCCUCCACAGGUUCACCAACUGGGGCGAGCUGCUGCAGGUGAUGGACGAUGACACGGUGGGCAGAUUGGCGGCCGUGUACAGACACGUGGACGACAUUGACCUCUUCCCCGGAGGCUUGGCAGAGAAGCCCGUCAUCCGAGGCCUCGUAGGGCCCACCUUCGCCUGUAUCCUCGGCCAGCAAUUCCUCAACCUCCGCAGGGGUGAUCGCUUCUGGUUCGAAAACGGCGGCUUCGCGUCGUCCCUCACGCCGGAGCAGCUGCGGGAGGUGCGCAAGGUGACGCUGGCGCGAGUGCUGUGUGACAACCUGGACGACGUGGACGAGCUGCAGCCCAACGUGUUCCGUCCCGUCAUCGAGAACGGCAGGAACACCAAGCGGCCGUGCUUCGGAGAGGAUAUCCCGUUCCUGGACAUCCAGGCGUGGCGUGACCCCGGGCCGACCUUCUACAACUCGCCCACCAACGUCUCAGACGCCGCCGCGCCCGACCAGGACAGCAGCGACACCAUCCACUACCCUGACGAGAACUUGUCCGGACUCUCUGAGGAGGAGCUCUUCUUCCUGGAGGACGAGGACUACGGGGACUACGACGAGACGCAGUUACAGGAGCUCUUCUCGCAGGAGCUGCCACGGCCCUUCGAGGAGCUGGACGACAAGACGGGGAAGGGCGGCGAGGAGGAGGACCAAGUGCCACAAGCUUACUCCGCGGGGCACCCAAGUCUGGCCCAGCUCACACAACACAACUUCAACAACGUGAUCCAGCAGGCUUACUCAGAUACCCUUUUCUACGGGCGCAGCAGGAGACAGAAGAGGCAUGGGUAGCGCAGCGCCUCGCCACCCACCCACUGUACAAACUAUAUAUUCAGCUGUAGGUCGCGCCAGGGUAUUAUAGUGUUUCAUGACAGUAUAUUAUAUUAGGACAAGAGGCACGACGGAUCUCCUAUUACGCGGUAGAAGGAUGUUGAGUGAAUUAUCUUUUUUUGUCUUGAGUUUAUCCACUUCAGGAAUUUAGAUUAUUAUAACUUAUAAGGUGUCAGUAUCAGGUUACUGCAAUGUACUGUACCUGAUAUAGAGAUUGGCACGCACAGUACAUGCGCACAUCAUCGCAAUCACGAGCGAGAUCAGGACGGGAGACGGACCGGGAAAAAAUAUAUCAAACUUUACCUUGAAAAAUAUCACAUAGAAUAAUCUGAAAAAAAAAGAGAAACGGAAAAGAAAAGAAAAUUCAUAGAAGGAGACAAAGGUUCAGAGUGAGCGGCCGACAUGUGAGGUUUCCAUGUAUACAUAUCUGCGACUAACAUCUGAAUGUGUCACUCCAUAAGUUGUUACCAGCUCAUGAACACGCGUCAGGAAGAACCUCCCUCCCACACGUGUCUCACCUCCCACUCCCUCCCCCUCCAUGGUCCCAGCCCCCCUCAACCUCUCACUACCCUCCAGCUUUUCAAUAACCUAAUUACGUCUUAUUGUAAGUUAUUUAUUUAUACUUAACUUUGUCUGCUCUCCAAAAUUCAACGCUCUAUAAAAUACAACACAUUUCUACCUUUCAUCAGACUAAUGAAUUUUAAGUAUUAUUAUUAUUAUCAUAAGUUAUUUAUAUGAUCUAGACAUUACGGACUUUUCAAAUGAAACGCUCUCUAUAAACACCUUACAAAACUAACCUCUUCUAGGCUUUUAAUUAUACUCCAAUAAUAGUAUUGUUAUCAGUUAAGUAUAAUGACUUGACAUUAACCACUUCUUCAAUGCAGUGCUCCCGGCAAACCUCUCCUGUAACAAUUUAAACUCUUGUCAAUGCCCUACAGCUCUUUCAUAAACCAGUGAAUUAUAUAUUGUUAUUAGUAAUAGAAGUAAAAACAUUACCCAUUUCUUUUAACUGCAGUGCCUUCACAAAUCUCCUUAAUAGGCGCACCUAACAUCACCAUAACCGAUUCAAGAUUCAGUGCGUUUCCUAACUUAUAGGCAGUAAUGUUAUAAUUGUAUUUCGUAAAGAAUCCUUAUACCAAAAACUAACUAAAAAUAUGAGUAUUCUUUUUCUUGAACAGAACACUGAUUAAACAACAGAUCAAUGAUAUGAAAAUACGUUCAUAUUUUAUACAACUGUGGGCCGAGGCAGCAGCGCACGCCAAUUUGCGGGUAUCACAUACCUUAAAUAAGCAUAUUUUUACUGCGCCAAGCUGGUGAUGUCACUUAUUGUGAUUUCGUGAGCUUUCAUAUUUAUCUAUUUGUGUAUAUUUCCUGGAGGCAUAGCUUACAAUACUACUUUCAAAUUUACUGGUGACACGAAUUUGUGACUGUUUAUCACAAUAGAAUUUCACUCAAUUAAGUGAAUCAGACACCAUAGAAAUAUUACCACUGUGUGUAUGAAUGAAUACAAAGAUAAGCACAUACUUUGAUUUAACUCCAGGAUGUCUCGUGAUUCAUUUAUAAAUAAAUAAAAAAAAUCCGGAUAGGCUACUCUAGCCCACUACCGCCACUCGAGGCACAAAAACAGUCCCUCCACCAAGUUUGUACCCAACAUUUGGGGAUGUUAAGUGCACCUAUUGAACCUCCUCCUCAGUACCUUCCAGCUGCUUAAUGACCCAGUGAAUCAUGUAUUGUUAUAACUUAAGUGGAAGCAUUACCUUUUUCUUUUUUUUUUUUACUACACUGCCUCCAGAAACCUCCUUACUUCUCCUCAGUACCCUCCAGUUAUUUAACGAGCCAAUGAAUAAUGUAUUGCAUAAACCAUUUGAGUGGAAGCAUUACCCGUUAAUUGCAGCGGUGCCUCUACAAACCUUCUCAAGCCUUCUCCUCACUUCUCUCCAUCUUUUCAAUUCUCUCCAUCUUGGGAGAUUUCAAUGUUCACCACCAGCUUUGGCUUUCAUCCUCUUUCACUGACCAGCCUGGUGAACAAGCCUACAACUUUGCUCUCCUCAACGACCUAGAGCAGUUGGUUCAGCACCCUACUCGUAUUCCCGACCGUCUUGGAGACAGGCCCAACAUUCUAGACCUCUUCCUUACCUCUAAUCCUUCUGCUUACUCUGUCAAACUGUUCUCUCCGUUGGGCUCCUCCAAUCAUAACCUUAUUUCUGUAUCCUGUCCUAUCGCUCCUGUACAUCCUCUGGACCCACCGAAGAGGCGAUGCUUCUGGCAUUUUGCUUCAGCUCGGUGGGACGACCUGAGGAUGUACUUUUCCGAUUUCCCGUGGAAUGAUUACUGCUUCCAGGAGAGAGACCCCUCUGUGUGUGCUCAGCGCAUCACAGAGGUGAUUGUCUCUGGAAUGGAGGCAUACAUUCCACGUACUUUCUCUACUCCUCAUGCUAAAAAGCCUUGGUUUAAUCAUGCUUGUUCUCGUGCUAUUAAAGAUAGAGAGGCAGCUAACAAGAGGUUCCAGAGCCUUCGAACUCCCACUAACUUUGAUCUUUACAUUUCAGCCCGGAAUCGUGCCAAAUCUAUUCUCCGACUUACCAAAACUUCUUUCAUUAAUAGAAAAUGUCAACACCUUGCUUCUUCUAAUUCUUCCCGUGACUUCUGGCAUCUAGCCAAAAAUAUCUCCUCCAAUUUCACUUCUUCCUCUUUCCCUCCUCUCCUUAACCCUGAUGGCAGCACUGCCGUCUCAUCUGUCUCUAAGGCUGAACUCUUCGCUCAAACUUUCUAUAAGAACUCCACCCUGGACGAUUCUGGGCAUAUUCCUCCUACUCAUCCCCCCUCUGACUCCUUUAUGCCUGUUAUUAAGAUUCUUCCAAACGAUGUUUUCUAUGCCCUCUCUGGCCUCAACUCUCAGAAGGCUUAUGGACCUGAUGGAGUGCCUCCUAUUGUCCUUAAAAACUGUGCUUCUGUGCUAACACCCUGCCUGGUCAAACUCUUUCGUCUCUGCCUAUCAACAUCUAUCUUUCCUUCCUGCUGGAAGUAUGCCUUUGUACAGCCUGUGCCUAAGAAGGGUGACCGUUCCAAUCCCUCAAACUACCGCCCUAUAGCUUUACUUUCCUGUCUAUCUAAAACUUUUGAAUCAAUCCUUAACCGGAAGAUUCAAAAGCACCUUUCCACUUCUAACCUUUUAUCUGAUCGCCAGUAUGGAUUCCGCAAGGGGCGUUCUACUGGCGAUCUUCUUGCUCUCUUAACUGACUCUUGGUCAUCCUCUCUUAGCCGUUUCGGUGAAACUUUCUCUGUUGCGCUAGACAUAUCGAAAGCCUUCGAUAGAGUCUGGCACCAGUCUUUGCUUUCUAAACUGCCCUCUUUCGGAUUCUAUCCCUCUCUCUGUUCUUUUAUCUCCAGUUUCCUUUACGGCCGUUCUAUCUCUGCGGUGGUAGACGGUCACUGCUCUUCCCCUAAACCUAUCAACAGUGGCGUUCCACAGGGCUCUGUCCUAUCACCCACUCUCUUCCUGUUAUUCAUCAAUGAUCUUCUUUCCAUAACAAACUGUCCUGUCCACUCAUACGCCGACGACUCAACUCUGCAUUAUUCAACUUCUUUCAAUAGAAGACCCUCUCAACAGGAAGUACACGACUCCAGACUGGAGGCUGCAGAACGCUUAACCUCAGACCUUGCUAUCAUUUCCGAUUGGGGCAGAAGGAACCUUGUGUCCUUCAAUGCCUCAAAAACUCAAUUUCUCCACCUAUCAACUCGACACAAUCUUCCAAACACCUAUCCCCUAUUCUUCGACAACACUCAGCUGUCACCGUCUUCAACACUAAACAUCCUCGGUCUAUCCUUAACUCAAAAUCUCAACUGGAAACUUCAUAUCUCCUCUCUCGCUAAAUCAGCUUCCUCGAGGUUGGGCGUUCUGUAUCGUCUCCGCCAGUUCUUCUCCCCCGCGCAGUUGCUAUCCAUAUACAGGGGCCUUGUCCGCCCUCGUAUGGAGUAUGCAUCUCACGUGUGGGGAGGCUCCACUCACACAGCUCUUCUGGACAGAGUGGAGUCUAAGGCUCUUCGUCUCAUCAGCUCUCCUCCUCCUACUGAUAGUCUUCUACCUCUUAAAUUCCGCCGCGAUGUUGCCUCUCUUUCUAUCUUCUAUCGAUAUUUCCACGCUGACUGCUCUUCUGAACUUGCUAACUGCAUGCCUCCCCCCCUCCCGCGGCCCCGCUGCACACGACUUUCUACUCAUGCUCAUCCCUAUACUGUCCAAACCCCUUAUGCAAGAGUUAACCAGCAUCUUCACUCUUUCAUCCCUCACGCUGGUAAACUCUGGAACAAUCUUCCUUCAUCUGUAUUUCCUCCUGCCUACGACUUGAACUCUUUCAAAAGGAGGGUAUCAGGACACCUCUCCUCCCGAAAUUGACCUUUUUUUCGGCCACCUCUUUUGAUUAUUUUUUGGGAGCAGCGAGUAGCAGGCUUUUUUUUUAUUAUUGUUUUCUUUUUUUGUGUGCCCUUGAGCUGUCUCCUUUGUUGUAAAAAAAAAAAUACACCUUUGAGUUAAGUUUUGUUAUGUGUUAUUUACGUAGGUUUAGCGACACCGUCUCCUCAGCUGCAGCGCCCUCCAUAAACCCUUUCAAACAUUGUACACAUCAUUAGCGAUUAUCUUAUCGGAAUAGCAUUAUGUUUCUCGUUAUUUAUUUAUUCUUUAUUCCUACGAACUUUAUUGAACGACCUUCGGUUCUGUAUGAUUUAUUGCACUAUAGAUAAAUUGAUAAUGAUUCCCAC